AGAUGGAAUACAUUAAUAAUUUUAUUAGUUAUAUGCCCAGUUGUCCUCAAGAACUUUUAGACUUAGUUGGGUCUGCUAAAAUGUGGCCACUGUUUGUUUCAGUCCAUUAUUUGCUUGUAGCAAUAUCAAUGAGGAGUCGUACUGGUUCCCAAGAGCAUGCAAUCAAACAUCCAUUUGCAAGUUGGUUUGUUUGUGUUACAUCAUGUUUUGCUGGUCAACUGUUAAUGAAUAUUAUGUUAGGUCGUCCUAUAAUUCAGAUAUAUCAGAGCACCCCAGAUUUAUUGUUAGCAUCAUUUAUAUGGUAUUUGAUAUUCUUUUCGCCAUUUGACAUGGCUUAUGAGCUUGCAAAAGUAAAGUUUAUAAAGGCUACUUUGUUAGUAUUAAAAGAAAUACAUCGUGUACAUUCAGUUAAAGGUGGUGUUAAUGUAGCAGCUUCAAUUUAUUCUGGGAAUCCUUUUAUAAUAGUUCUCAUUGGGACCAUUCGCGGAAGUGGAUCCUCCCUCCUUUUGCAUCCAUUUGAUGCUUUAAUUAGAGGAGAUCAUGUUACUACUAAUGAAGUAUUAAAACCAGGAUUUACCACAAAACACGCUUUGCUCUCGGCAGUGCUCUUUGUGUUUCACCAGAAUGGAUUCAUGGAGAUUUCUGAGAAUGCUUUAAUUUUUCUAAUUUUUGUUGUGGCGUCUAUUACUCAAGUUUUAUUAUUUUUAACAAAAAUUAGCGAUCCAUAUCUUAAACUUGAAGAACUUUUCUGCUCUGUACUUUUAUCUGGGCCAAAUGAGGUUCACGAAGUCAAGAAGAAAAAAGAUUAACUUUGAAAAAUAAACUUUUUUUGGAUAUAUUUUAUAUAAAUAUAUGUAACUUGGAUUUUUUUUUUAAUUAUUUAUAUUUGUUACUAUUUUAGUGUAUAACAAAGACGCAUUUACAAAUAUAUGUACUCCGAGUC